UUGAGUGGGCUCCCAGCACAUAGACGUGCUGCUCCUAGCGUCGGCACCUUGCAAGCACAGCAGUCACCUUCCAACCUCUGCGACUCCCCCUCGCGCUCUCCUCGCUCAGUCGCAGUUAUUUUUUAGCUGGACGGAGAGGAACGGUCUCCGUCCGCUUCGGCCGUUAACGGCAUUUGAGGAGUUCUUCUUUUCCCCGACUGGAGCUUUUUUUUUUUUUUUUUGCUUUCUUUUUUUUUUUUUUUUAUGCUUCCGCUAUCCGCAGAAGAGUCUAUGAUCCACAAAAGACACGCGGUUGGUCGCUUUACAGAGCCAGAGGGCUGCCGUGCGUCCUGGUGAUGAGGCUGGUGGCGCACAGCCGACACAGCGUUAAAGGAAUCCCUCUGUAUCUGAAGAAACCGCCCCAGUAAGGGACAAGAGCUGGGGAAGAGCUGCGGGAGCUGGUGUCAGCUAGGGCGCUAUCAUUUCGACAAGAAUGCAUCUCUUCAGUGCCAUGUUCCUACUUGUGAUGUUAGCUGUCAUGCCCAGUGAGGCUCUUUACCCGAGCCCAGAAGAGGGCUGGCAGAUCUACAGCUCGGCGCAGGACGCAGAUGGGAAGUGUAUCUGUACUGUGGUCGCACCGGCCCAGAACAUGUGUAACCGCGACCCACGCAGCAGGCAGCUCCGCCAGCUCAUGGAGAAGGUGCAGAACAUUAGCCAGUCAAUGGAGGUGCUGGACCUGCGGACAUACAGAGAUCUACAGUACGUGAGGAACACUGAGAGUCUAAUGAAGGUGGUAGACGUAAAGCUAAAGGUGGCCUCUGAAAAUCCACGCAGCCUCAAUCCGAAGGGCUUUCAGGAGCUGAAAGAUAAGGUGACCCAGCUGCUGCCCCUGUUGCCAGUUCUGGAACAGUACAAGGCUGAUGCUAAGAUGAUCCUCCGCCUUCGGGAGGAGGUGAGGAACCUGUCCUUGGUGCUCAUGGCCAUCCAAGAGGAGAUGGGGGCGUACGAUUACGAGGAACUGCGCCAGAGAGUCCUGCUACUGGAAACCAGGCUCCACUCCUGCAUGCAGAAACUAGGCUGUGGGAAGCUCACCGGCGUCAGUAAUCCCAUCACAGUGCGUGCAUCCGGGUCAAGGUUCGGCUCCUGGAUGACGGACACCAUGAUACCCAGCUCAGACAACAGAGUGUGGUCUAUGGACGGUUACUUCAAGGGGCGGCGCGUCCUGGAAUACCGCACCAUGAACGAUUUCAUGAAGGGCCAGAACUUUGUGCAGCAUUUGCUCCCACACCCGUGGGCCGGCACCGGCCACGUCGUCUACAACGGCUCGCUGUACUACAACAAGUACCAGAGCAACAUCAUCAUCAAGUACCACUUCCGUUCUCGGAGCGUGCUGGUGCAGCGGAGCCUGAGCGGGGCCGGCUACAACAACACAUUUCCCUACUCCUGGGGCGGAUCCUCCGACAUCGACCUCAUGGCGGAUGAGAACGGCCUGUGGGCCGUUUACACCACCAUCCCCAACGCCGGGAACAUUGUCAUCAGCCGCCUGGAGCCCCAGAGUCUGGAGGUGCUGCAGACUUGGGACACGGGCUUCCCCAAGCGCAGCGCAGGAGAGUCGUUCAUGAUAUGCGGCACAUUAUAUGUCACCAACUCCCACCUGGCCGGUGCCAAGAUCUACUUUGCCUACUACACCAACACAUCAAGCUAUGAGUACACAGACAUCCCAUUCCACAAUCAAUACUCCCAUAUCUCCAUGAUGGACUACAACCCCAGGGAGAGGGUCCUGUAUACCUGGAACAAUGGACAUCAGGUGCUUUACAAUGUCACACUUUUCCAGGUUAUUAAGACUUCUGGGGACUGAGGGCCCCCAGUGACCCACUCGAAUACUGCUGUGGGACAAAGGGGCUGGGUGGAUGUGGGUACGUGUCGUGGGAGGUGUGGGUUGGGGGCUUCAGUGUAUGGGUAUAGGCUUGGAUUUUUUUAAAAGAAUUUCAAUCUUCAUAGAGUGCUAUUAUUCACAUUCUCAAAAAACACGCCGGCAGUAGAGUCGGUAAAGAUACAAAGACUGAGCGCUUCUGUUUUUUCUUUUCCUUUCUUUCUUUCUGUGAUGAGCAAGCAUGGUUCUUUUUAUUUGUGAUGAAAAAUAAAUAUCCUCUUUACCAUUUA